AUGAGUGCUUCCUUGGCACGUGGAAUGCUCCACAAGAUGGGCGGUCACUGCUGUCCGCACCAUGCUCCGGCGACCAGUCCGUUCAAGUUGGCCAAACUCCACGGAAACAACAGUAAGUAUAUUUUUGGUUCUUUUCGUUAUUGAGACGUCUAGAGGCUUGAGAAUAAAGCUAGAACUUCUUUAAAGGGAUGUCUCUUUUCACAGUUUUUGGUUACCGUAACCUGGCAGUACUUAAAAGUGUUGUAAUUUGUAGAUUUGCUAUUCCAGAGUCUACGGAGUAUGCAUUCGAGAUGGUGUGCUCAACUCUUCGUUUCGGAAAAGGAGUCACUCUGGAGGUGAUCGACCAGACAUCAACAAUUGUCAUUUGAACAUUUUCAUUGCAGAUCGGAUACGACGUCCGCAAUCUCGGAGCGAAGAAAACUUUGCUGAUCACUGAUAAGAAUGUACAGAACACCAUCGCUUUUAAGUUAGAACUGUUUGUUCGGCAUCUCCAACCCAUUCUGUUUGUUUCAGGAAUGCAGAGCAAGCACUGAAGAAUGUGGACAUCGAGUACGAAGUGUUUGAUGAUGUUCUCAUUGAGCCGACUGACAAGAGCAUGCAGAAAGCGAUCGAAUUCGCCAAAUCGAAGAACUUUGACAGUUUCAUCGCAGUCGGAGGAGGAUCAGUCAUCGAUACGACGAAGGCAGCCGCCCUUUACGCCUCCAACCCGGACGCUGAUUUCCUUGAUUUUGUCGGUCCGCCGUUCGGAAAGUCUCUCCAGCCGAAGAACCCGAUGCUUCCUCUGAUCGCAGUGCCAACCACCGCCGGAACUGGAUCGGAGACCACUGCCGCUUCCAUCAUGGAUCUGCCCGAGCACAAGUGCAAAACAGGGAUUCGCCUUCGUUGCAUCAAGCCCUACUUGGCCAUCGUUGACCCUCUGAACGUGAUGAGCAUGCCUCGCAACGUGGCUAUUUACUCCGGCUUCGAUGUGCUUUGUCACGCCCUUGAGAGUUACACCGCCCUUCCGUUCGACCAGAGAUCUCCCCGUCCACUUCGUCCGGAAGUGCGCCCGGUUUACCAGGGAUCCAACCCGAUCAGUGACGUUUGGAGUAGAGAAGCUCUCAGAGUAAGACUAAACCCGAACUGUAUUCAAACUGAAUUCACCGUAUUGUAGAUCAUCGGCAAGUACUUCCGUCGUUCCAUUUUCGAUCCGUCCGAUGAAGAAGCUCGUACCGAGAUGCUCAAAGCCAGCUCGUUCGCUGGAAUCGGAUUCGGAAACGCCGGAGUGCACUUGUGCCACGGACUGUCGUAUCCGAUCAGUUCGCAAGCGAAAAAGUGCGUCGCCGACGACUAUCCGCAGACAAAGAAGCUGAUUCCGCACGGACUGUCCGUGAUGACAACUGCAGUCGCCGACUUUGAAUUCACGACCGCCGCCUGUCCGGAUCGACAUUUGACGGCUGCUCAGACACUUGGAGCUGACAUUCCAGUGAGAAGCCGUUGGAGUAACGAAAACAACGUCAUUUUCAGAAUCACGCUGACAACGAGUACAUCUCGCGAACUCUCUGCGAUCAAUUGAGAGGAUAUAUGAAGGAUUUCGGAGUGCCGAACGGACUGAAAGGAAUGGGAUUCGAAUUCUCCGAUAUUGGUGAGUGGCCUAGAAUACUUUGGAUUAAUAUCAAUCACCCUCAUUGCAGACACUUUGACUGAGGCCGCCAGCCAUUCCGUUCCGAACAUUGCCAUCGCUCCCAAAUCCACGGACCGUGACAUCAUCAGCAAACUCUACGAAAAGUCCCUGACCGUCUACUGA